ACACACACACACACACACACACACACACACACACACUAAUAACAAAAAAAUUUUAAAUUUAAAAAACACAGACUUGAAGGUUCAGUCACAGAGGGUUAACAAGAACCUUUAUAGGCCCAGCAGGCUGCUCCCUGGAGCUCAGGGUUGGGGUGUCUGAUGUUACUCCUGGCCAGGAGACAUUACCUCCCACCUUGUUUAGGAAGGAAAACUGAAGGUCCUGGAGAGGUGAUGGCCCAGGUGGGUUUAGGUCCCAGCAUCACUCAGCCCUUGUCUCAGCCCUGUGUUGCUGACUCAAGCCCUACUGCCCAAGGCAGCUAGUUGCCCAGGAGGUCCAGGUGGGAUGUGCAAAGAGUAUUUCUAUCGAUUCUCAACUUCUCCUCUGACUGUUGUAUCUCCAUAACAUAGGAUUAUAUUGGUACAGUAGUCUAGUAUAUAAUUGAUAAGCUUAUAAUUUGUAUCUAAAUUACAUAAGAUUGUUAUAUAAGAUAGAAUUUAUAGUUCUGUCUGUGUGCACACCUCGACUCUGCCUUUUACUGCAAAGGGAGUGUAAUUAGGAAAGCUCAGAAGGUGCAGGGGAGGCCUGGUGCACGCGCACGCAUGCACACACACACACACACACACACACACACACACGCACACACACACGCACACACACAUGUGCACGCACACACUCUCACACACAUGCACAUACUCUCACACACACGCACACACGUGCUCGAGCACACACACACACACACUCACACACACACACACACACACACACACACACACACACACACGCUCUACUCUCUGGUCCUCCUGGUCCCAUCAUCCAUCUCUUCUCCUCUCUGCCAUUCUCUCCUGCCUUGGCUGCGACAGUGCAACUCCCCUGCCUCGCAGCCUCGGUCCCUGAAGACUGGCAAGCUUUCAUGUCAGCAGCCCGGCAGAGUUGGCUGAGGGCCCGUCCUUCUCUGGCACCUGCACGUUCAGACACCUCCUGUGAUAGCUCACUCUUUCUCUCCCGUAUGGGAGACUGAACUUAGGGCCUUGGAACCCCAGGCAAGUACUCUGCUACAGAGUUAUCGCCUCAGAGCUCUUUGAGACACUCUCAUUAGGUUUCCCAGGCUGGCCUCAGAGCUCUCUGGAGCUCAGCCAGGCUUUGAACUUGAGGUGCUCCUCCCCUCCCCAGUGGCUUACAGGUCUUUGUCACCGGGCCAAGGCCCCAGAUCCUCUUUGAAGCUAUCCUUGAUGCUUCUAAGUCCUCAAGUGCUCUGCAGGAACUUCAGGAAACACAGCGGUGGCUUGGGAGAGAGAGCCCAGCAGAGUGGACGGGACAGUCGUGGGCAGCGGCUCAGACACAGACCUUCAAUCUACCGGCAGGGAGAAAGGACCUGUGAAGUAGACCGUCACUCCUUCAGGCAGCCCGGCUCUGCGGACUGCGGCCCGUCGGCCCUGACAGCUGGAGUCCUGGUUCACCUCCCAUCUAGGAAGAUGGUGUGGGGCUGGAAGCGGAGGCAGGGAGGAAAGAAAACGGGAGAAACGGUCAUGGAGAAGCCCAUCCUCAGAGGGAUUUGGCUCUUGCUCUGAGGGGAGCCUCACAGAUUCCAGACGGCCGUGGCAAGUCCAAGCAUCGCGUCUCUACCAUGUCCCAGAGCCAGAAGAGAGGCUGUUGUUUGGAAAGGCAAGAAGAAUUCCCCAAACUUGGCCAGAAUUGUAUUGUAGACAAGAUGGAGGAGGAACAGUUUACAGGAAGGCCUCCAACGCGCCUGCACACAGAUGCACUUCCUGUGAAAGCACUGGUGCAGAUGCUCUGAGUGUAAGCAGCCAGUGUCUUGGAGGCAUCAGCAACCCUCCUUCAUGACCUUAUUAAUAAAGUCCAAGAUUCCCUUCGCAAUUAAGAAGGGAGCAUCAA